UCUGACCCUAGAGCUCGAUUCUUGGGCGUUUAUAUACUACUGUUAUCGUGGCAGCUUGCUCUCGUACCAAUCGUAUCUGGUAAACACCCUGAUGCGCCGCCAUUACCUCAACCCCGCCCGAAGCCUCCUUUCUCAACCUCAGUACAUCAGGUAGAAGCUGGUCUGGCAAAUGAGACUCAAGAAGCCACCACAGAUCUACCUUCAUCCCGUCUUUACUCUCUCGCAUGGUUAAGAUGCCGGAAGCCUGUUGCAGAUUCGCCAAACUUUGCACCCCAAGCCUUAGCUAAAAACGUCCCUUUAGUCUCCAGUGUAAAUCACACAGCAAAAAAAGAACUUACUUCCCCGAUUGCUCUCUCCUUUUCCCCUGUUUCUGUCUCUGCCCCCUCGCAUACCACGUCUCCCUUUACAAAUAAUUUAGGUGACACCACAACCACCCUAUAUUCCCCUCCUUCGUCUGCUGUGCAAUACUAUGUAGAUGGAUAUUUUCCAGCCCCUUUUGCAUUUCCCCUCCCGGCCACUGUGACUCUCUCGCCUGCAAACACUGAGCAAUUCUCCCCAGAUCUUAAGCCCCACAAUCAAAGUAACAUCGCCCUACUAAAUAAGCCCCACUCCCUAAGCGCUGAAAAAGUCUCAUCAAUUCCCAAGCCCCAUCCUCCAAACACUGAACAUAUUUCCCCAAGUCCUAAGCCUUGCUCUACAGACGAUGAACACGUCUCACAAGCCUUUUUGUCUAAUGCCCAUAAAAAGCCUUCUUCAGAUUUUCUAACCCCCUCUCCAAAUAGUAAAAGUCUUUCCCCAUCUUACGUGCCUCAGACCUUAGGCACUGAGAACCUCGUCCAAGCUACAACCUUUAUACCAUCCUCGGUUAUAUUUCAUUCACCUGAUAUUGAUAUCCCUCCCCCUUUAAAAACGGAAUCAGUUGUUCCUUCUUCCUCAGUAGUUCAACCAACGGUACCUGUUACCUUUUCUCCACCUGCAGUUUCUCUUUCGGGAAACCCUGCCCUAAACCUCCAUACUCACACACAUCUAACAUUGUUAAAUCCAAACAUUUUUCUCAUACAGCCGUGCUUAAACAAACAUGUUCCUGUGGUUCACCAAGCCAAGUCACAGCAUGACAGAGCUUGGCCGAAGAUGCAAAGUGAAGUAUAUCAAGCCAUACCUCUUAUACAGCCACAGAACAUCAUUUUGUUUCCUGGCCUUCCACAUGUAGAAAACCUCACCGUUACUCCAAGUGCAGAAUACACUCCUCUUCCACAGGGCCUCAUUCCUCUUUCACAGCCAGAAACCCCCAUUCCUCUUUCACAGCCAGAAACCCCCAUUCCUCUUCCAAAGCCAGAGAAGCUCAUUCUUCUUCUUUAUCCUGAGAACUCGUUACUCUUCCCAGAAAACCUCGUUCCUCUUCCACAGCCAGAAAUUCCCAUUCCUCUUCCACAGCCAGAAACUCCCAUUUCUCUUCUACAGCCAAAGAACCUCGUUUCGCUUCCAUGGCCAGAGAAGCUCCUUCCUUUUCCUCAGUCAGAAACUCCCAUUCUUUUUCCAAAGCCAGAGAACCUCAUUUCUCUUCCACAGCCAGAGAACUUCGUUCCUAUUUCACAGCCAGAGAAUAUAAUUUCUCUUUCACAGCCAAAGAACAUCGUUGUUCUUGCACAUAAAGAGACCAAUAUCCCUCAUCCAGAGCCAGAGAUCCUCCUUCCUCUUCCACAGCCAGAGAAUCUCAAUCUUCUUCCAAAGCCAGAGAACCUCAUUCUUCUUCCUCAACCUGAGAACCUUGUUACUCUUCAUCAGCAAGAAAUCUUCAUUCCCAUUUUACAGCCAGAGACUCCCAUUCCUCUCCCACAGCCAGAGAACCUCGUUCUCCUCCACAGCCAGAAACCCCCAAUCCUCUUCCAAAGCCAGAAAAUCCUCUUCCACACACCAGAGAACCUCAUUCCUCUUCCACAGCCAGAGAACCAUAUUCCUCUUCCACAGCUAGAGAGCCCCAUUCCUCUUCCCAUCCUGAGAACCUUUUACUCUUCAUCACCAGAGAACCUCGUUCCUCUUCCACAGCCAGAGGACCUCGUUCCUCUUCCACAGCUAGAGGACCUCGUUCCUCUUCCACAGCCAGAGAAUCUUAUUCCUCUCCCACAGCUACAGAACCCUGUUCCUCCUCCAGAACCAGAGAACCUCCUUCCUCUUACACAGCCAGAGACUCUAAUUUCUUUUCCACAGCCAGAGAACAUCGUUGUUCUUCCACAUACAAAGACAAGUAUCCCUCAUCCACAGCCAGAAAACUUCUUUCCUCUUCCACAGCCAGAGAAUCUUGUACUUCCAAUCCCAGACAACUUCGUUCCUCUUCCACUGCCAGAUUACCUCCUUCCUCUUACACAGCCAGAAAUCCCCAUUCCUCUACUGCAACCAGAGAACCUCAUUUCUAUUUCACACCCAGAGACUUCCAUUCCUCUUCCAGAGCCAGAGAACCUCAUUUCCCCAACACAGGCAGAGAAUCCCAUUCCCUUUCCACAACCAGAAACCCCCAAUCCUUUUCCAAAGCCAGAGGAUCUAAUUUCUCUUUCACAGCCAGAGAACCUCGUUCCUCUUCCACAGUUAGAAACCCCCAUUCCUCUUCCACAGACAGAGAAUCCCUUUCCUCUUCCAAAGCCAGGAAACCUUCAUCCUCUUCCACAGCCCAAGAACGUUGUUCCUCUUCCACAACAAGAGAAUUUGGUUCCUCUUCCACAGCCAGAGAACCAUAUUCCUCUUCCACAGCCAGAGAGCCCCCAUUUUCCCUCUUCCUCAAUCCUGAGAGGUCCCCGUAUUCUUUUAUCACCAGAGAACCUCGUUCGUCUUCCACAGCCAGAGGACCUCUUUCCUCUUCCACAGCUAGAGAACCUCGUUCCUCUUCCACAGCCAGAAAACCUCGUUCCCUUUCCACAGCCAGAGAAUCUCGUUCCUCUUCCACAGACAGAAACCCCCAAUCCUCUUCCAAAGCUAGAGAAUCUAAUUUCUCUUUCACAGCCAGAGAACAUCCCUAGAACAUCGAAACCUCUUUUCCCCAACAAGGGACUUUGCGUUCCUGCUUCCCACAGCCAGAGAACAUCGUUGUCCUCCUCCACAGCCCAGAGAACAUUCUUCUUCCACAAGCAGAAACUCUCCAUUUCUUCUCACCAACCCAAAGAAAACCUCAUUACUCUUCAACGUUCAGAGAACCCGUUCCUCUCCCCACAGCCAGAGAAACCCCGUUCCCUCCUCCAGAACCAGAAACCUCCUGCCUCUUCAACUGCCCAAGAUAGCUUUAUUCUUCCUCCACAGCCAGAGAACCUCCGGGGGGUUUUUCUUUCAAAGUCAGAGAACCUUGUUCCUCCUCCACAGCCAGAAAACUUCCCUUACACGCCAGAGACCCCCAACAACUUCGUUCCUCUUCCACAGCCAGAGAACCUCAUUCCUAUUUCACAGCCAGAGACUCCCAUUCCUCUUCUACAGCCAGAGAACCAUAUUCCUCUUCCACAGCCAGAGAGCCCCGUUCCUCGUCCAAAGCCAGAGAAUCUCAUUCUUCUUCCUCAUCCUGAGAACCUUUUUACUCUUCAUAAGAUUGAGAACCUCAUUUCCUUUCGACAUCCAGGCAACCCCAUCCCUCUUUCACAGCCAAAGAACCUCAUUCCUCUUCUACAGCAAGAGAACCUUAUUCCUCUUCCACAGUUAGAGAACUUGAUUACUCUUCCACAACUAGAGACUACUACUGAUCCUCUUUCACAUCCACGUAACUCAAUUCCACUUCCACAGCAAAAGAACUUCAUUCCUCUGUCACAACCUGACAACCUUCUACAGACAGACACCCGAAUUCUUCUUCCACAGCCAAAGAACAUCAUUUCUCUUAUUCAGCCAGAGUAUCUCACUCAUCUUUCACAGCCUGUGAACCUCAUUCCUCUUCCACAGCCAGGGAACCUUGUUCUUCUUCCACAGAUAGGGAACCAUAAUCCUCUUCCAAAACCAGAGAACCUCAUUCCUCUGGCACAAGCAGAGAAUCCCAUUCCUCUUCUGCAAAAAGGUAACUUUGUACCUCUUCAACAGCCAGACAACUUCAUUACUAUUCCACAGCCAGAGAUCCUUAUUCCUCAUCUCCAGCCAGAAAACGUCAUCCCUCUUUCACAACCAGAGAACAUGAUUCCUCUUCUACAUUCAGACAUCUCAGGUGCUUUUCCACAACUAGAGAACCUCGUUUCUUUUCCACAGCCAGAGAACCUCCUUCCUCUUCCACAGCAUGAGAACCUCAAUGCUCUUUCACAAUCAGAGAACUUUCCACAGCCAGAGAACCUUAUUCCUUUUCUAAAACCUGCCAAUCAUAUUCCUCUUUCACAGUCAGAGACCCCCAUUCCUCUGCCACAGCCAGAGAACCUCAUUCCUCUAAUACAGCAAGAGACCCCCAUUCCCUUUCCACAAAAAAGUAAACUUAUUCCUCUUAUACAGCCAGAAAGCUUCAUUAAUCUUACCCAGCCAGUGAUGCCUAUUCCCCUUCCACAGGAAAAGAACCUUAUUCUUUUUUUACAGUCAGAGAACCUCAGUCCUCUUCCUCAGCUGGAGAACGUAUUUCCCCUUCAACAGUCAGAAUUCCACAAUCGACAGCCAGAGAUCCUUAUUCCUCUUCCACAGCCAGAAAACCUUCCACAGCUGGAGAACCUCAUUCUUCUAACACAGAAAGAAAUCCCCAUUCUUCUUCCACAACCAGAGAACCCUGUUCCUCUUCCACAACCUGAGAACAUCAUUCUUUAUCCACAGCCAGAGACCCCCAUUCUUCUUCCACAGCAAGAGAAACUUAUUACUUUUCCACAACCAGAAGAUGUCAUUCCUCUCUCACAGCCAGAGAACUUCAUUCCUCUUCUACAGCCAGACACCUUAAUUCAUUUCCACAGCAAAACCUUUUCCCCCCAAAUUUUCCUUCCUCUUCCACAUUCAGACAACCUCUUUCCUCACUCAUGGCCUGAAAACCCCAUUCAUCUCUCACAGCCAGAGAACCUUGUUCUUAUUCCAAAGCCAGAAAACCCUGUUCCUCUUCCACAGCACGAGAACCUCUUUCUUCUAACACAGUCAGAGACCCCCAUUACUCUUAAACAGCAAGAGAACAUUAUUUCUCUUCCACACCCAGAGAACUUCAUUACUCUUUUACAGCCAGACACCUCAAUUCAUUUUCCACAGGCAGAGAACCUCGUUCCUCUUCCACAGCCUGAGAACUUUAUUACUCUUCCACACCCAGAGAGCUUCAUUCUUCUUCCCCAGCCAGAGUACCUUGUUUCUCUUCCAAAGUCAGAGAACUUCAUUCUUUUUCCACAGUCAAAGACCCCAAUUCCUCAUCCACGGCCUGAGAACCAUAUUCCUCUUCCUCAACUAGAGAACUUCAUUCCUAUUCCACAAUCAGAGAAUUUCAUUCCUUUCCCACGGCCUAAGACCCUCAUUCUUCUUCCCAAGAACCCCGUUCCGUCUUCCAAAACCCUAGAAUUUAGUCCUCUAACAAAGCCAGACACCCUUAGUUUCAUUUUUCCACAGCAAGAGAACCGUCGUUCCCUCCUCCAACAGCCUGAAGAACUUCAUUUCCUCUUCCCACAGUUCAAGAAUUUUUAUUCCUCUCCCAUGGCCGAGAACCUCCAUCCCUCUUUCGCAGACAAGACCCUCAUUCUUAUUCCAAACCCAAGACCCAUACCUCAUCUCAGCCUGAAACCAUACCCUCUUCCCAAAAAAACUGGAGAACCUCAUUCCUAUUCACAAUCAGAAGAACAUCAUUCUUCUUCAGAUUCAGAGAACCUUAUUCCCUCUCCUACAAGCCUGAGACCCUCACCUCCCUCUUUUUCCACAGCCAUAGAACCUUCCCCCAGCUAA